AUGACGAGCUACAGAUACACUGAUGAGAUGAUCGAAUUCGUCCUCGAGAGGACAGUUCCGAGGAAACCAAUUCCCCGAGGACAGAAGAGGGAGUUGUACGAAAAGACGGCUGAGCUGUUUAGUCGGACAUUUCCUAAUUUUGAGAACCCCGUCAAAUAUGCUCAGAUCAAGUACAUCACCGAUCACUUCGGCAGCAGUGCGGAGUUUGGUAACCCGAAAGGAAAUAUCAUCUACCAUGACCCUACGAAGGACCGUGUCUCCAAGGUCAUGAACAAUUCCCCGGAGCCGAGACAAACUGCCACACGAGAGAGAAAGAGCAAAUGCGUUCUCUGCCCCCAUUGUAGUGGAAAGGGAUUUUUGGAAGUGAGCGAGGAGCCAGCUUAUCCCGGCGAUACUUCGCCCGCAAACCUGCCGACACCUAUAACUCCUUACCCGAAUCCGGCCGCUGUUCCUAUGGGAACGAAAUCGUAUCAGGGCUCAGAAUCAGUUGCAAGUAUCCAUGGAACACCCAUUGCCACACCCACUGCACUUCCUACUCCCAACACUUACCGUCGACCAUCACAGUUUGGUCCAUUGCUUCAGCAGCAAAACCCCCAUCCUCUAACCACCCCAUCGGCACCUCUACGGGCCGCCAUCCGUGAGGGAAUUCAGCAAAGCACGGCAAUGCGCAACACUCCUGCUUCCUCGACCCCAAAGGGCAUUUGGUCUACGAUUAACACUAGACAGGAAGCAACCAUGCCGCCGAAAACGAGGCCGGGCGCUGCUAAUGGGAUCAGAACAAAUGGCAACGGCGCCACGACAUGGGGAGAUCGCAAUGUUGCUCUGAAUGCAGCGAGGAACUUCCAGAACCAAAUCGCGUUGCAGAGGAAGUCUUUAGGUAUGCCCCAGCAACGUACCCAUACAGGGCAGAACGGGCCUACAGCCAUGAAUAUGGGGAUCCCGGCCCGGCCGGUUCAUGGACAAGCGAGUCAGAUGGCGACGCCGAACAUAUAUCAACCUGUUGGCCGAGCAAGCAGAGGAGGAAUUAUACCUCAGACUACCCGGCUUGCUCCGGGACAGCCAAUUCCGACGGCUGAUAGGAUCAAGAAGCCGAUGUCGUCGAUGGGACAGAACUCGGCAUCGUGGGCAUCAGAAGCUGCCACGCAUGGUACUCCUCUCAAGCGACCCCGACCCAAUGAUGAAGUGAAUGUGGGCAUUCCGGCUGGAAAUAUGGGACACACCGGAGCACAGGAAUACAAGCCGAUGGCAAACGAGCCGGCUUCGAAGAGGCGUAAGACUGGUACGAAGGAGAGCUUUACCUUUGUGAACGGUAACGGAAACCUAAGCGCGUCGGUUGAAUCGGUUCCGGAACUGGAGCCCUCUUGGGACAAAUACCUGAGCGACAUUACCAACAACUUCUUCUCCGACGAGGUCGGAUUGAGCUACGGCCAAAACCAGGUUCCGAUGGACAGUUCCGCACUUGACCUCGGACUUGACCUCGGACUUGACUCUGGAAACGACUUUCAGGUUAACCAGAAUUUUACCCACCAAGACGCUGGCUUGGUUACUUCGACUACGGCUGAGCAACUCAUGUUUGAUCUCGAAGCCCCCGAAGCCCCCGAAGCCCCCCAAGGCCCUCAAGACUCCGAGGAAAUCGACAUAGUCCAGGACUUCUUGGAUAACCACGGCGGCGACCUUGACUACCAGCUAACCGGCGAUGAAGCAUUCGAAGACAACGCUGCUGCUGCAGGCACCGAGUUUGAGUACCCGGAUAUAUUUGGCUGA